AAAAAAAAAAAAAAAAAAAAACCUUUUUAGUUUUUUUCACCCUAUUUCUUCCUCAGCCAACACCCAAUCAACCGAACCGCUAAUAACUCACCGUCGAUCACUCACAUGUCACCGGCACGUGCCUCCACCACCAUCAACCACCGAAGCACGUGACACCAUGAAAACAAACAUCACCCAGUAUCUCAAAUCCAAAAAACCCACCUCCGAUGAUGAUGACACCAACGAUCAAACAUCUUUAUCAUUAUCAUCAACCGAUUUAGCCUCGCACGACGACGUUUUGACCGAGAUACUACUCCGGUUACCCAUCCGAUCACUCCUCCGAUCCAAAUGCGUAUCCAAACAUUGGAAAUUAUUGAUUUCCGAUUCCCGUUUUGCCCUUGCUCGAAACCCUAACCCUAAUCCCCCUUCUGGGUUGUUUCUGCAACGAUUUGGUAAUGUUUCUUGUCCUGAGUAUGAGUUUGUGUGUUUUGAUCGUGACAAGAAUGUUAAACCCCCGUUUAAAAGGUUGAAUUAUGAUGGGUAUUUGUCGAAUUUAUCGAAUUUAUCGAAUUCGUCGAGUUCGAAGAAUUCGACACAUUCGGGUGUGAUUGUGCUGCAAUCUUGCAAUGGGUUGAUGCUUUGUUAUAGUUUGAAUGAGUACUUUUGUAAUGUUACAAAGGAUAUUGAGUAUAAUGCUAGUUAUUAUGUGUACAAUCCGACGAUUAACCAAGUCGUGAAGCUCCCGAAUCUUCACGGGUGCGAUUGGAUUCGAAGGCGACCGCGUGGGAUGACGUUGGUUUUCGAUCCGGUAAAGUCGGGUUGUUAUAAGGUAGUGUGCGUUAGAGCGCAUUUGUGGAGUGAUCAUGUUUAUACGAUCGAGGUUUACUCGUCGGAAACGGGGAAGUGGAGGAUGUUUGGGACGCCGUGCGGGAAUCAGGUUGAUACCGAGUUUAUGGGUGGGGUGUAUUGGAACGGUGCGGUUCAUUGGGUUAACAAGAAAGGGUAUGUUUUGUAUUUGAAGAUUGACGAGGAUCGCGUCGAUAGAGUUGCUACGCCUGUUGUGCACGAUGGGUGGAAUGUUAAGAAGCAUUGUUAUCCGAUAGUCGAGUCUAACGAUUGCUUGUUGUUUAUCGAUAUAUUUCCGGCGUCAAGUUUGAAGCUUGACAUUUAUGAAAUGAAUAGGGAUUAUUCGGGGUGGUCGGUUAAGUACCAUGUAGAUCUUAAUCGAGUGAUGAGUAGAUUCCCUGAAACCGACGUGAUUAUCCGGGCUUUGCGUUCACUCAUGUCGGCACAGCCGUUUGUGAUACAUUGUUUUGUUGAGGGAGAAGGGGAAGAUGAAGCGUUUUUGGUGUUGGAAAUACCUGGGAAGGCUGUAAGAUACAAUAUUUUUUCGAAGACGUAUCAGGAGCUUUGUGAUCUUGACGUAUCUAAACCGUCAAGGUUGUCUGUUGCGGAUGAUGGAUUUUCGAAACUGGGUCGAUGGCCAGGUGCUUUUUUGUUCUUCGAGUCGCUUUCUAACGUCUAGUCGAAAUGUUGUACUUACCUUUUUCUUUUUGUGGGAUACUUGUCUGUUAUGUGUCUGGUUAAAGUUUCAAACUUAAACAUAUAGGUUUUCGACUUUUCGUUCUAGCUUAUUCGCCCUUUAUAUCAUAUGUUGUUUCGCUUUCGAGUUUCAAACUUUGGUAUGUAAGUUUACCUAUAGAUAGUUAAUGGUUCAGGUUUAUCAUGGAA